GCACGAAUUUAAUAUCAGCUGCUCAACAAAACAUUCGGCACAAUUUUCGCAAAAUUAUUCCAAAUUUAAACUUGUAAUUCACCUAAUCAUUUAAUUGUUACAAGUUGUAUUUCAAUUAAAUUAAUUAUUCGAGAUCAGCUGACGUUUGGCCACUCAAUUAUUUAUUUAGAAUCGUAAAAGUGGUGAGGUCAUCAUGUCCAGCGGAGCCUGCUUGCUCUGUUCCCAAGUCGUGGACGCCACCACUCCGCCCUUCGAUGAUAAGGAAACUAGACAAAUACGAAUCUCGACCCUGUGUGAAGUGCUCUUAUCGUCAACUCAUACUCGCAGGAAAGUUACUCUACAAUUUGAAGAAGAUGAGACCUGUGAACUUUGUCCCGUUUGUGCCCCCAUGAUAAGCGAGAUGGGACAAUUCCGUGACCAAAUGUCCGCCCUGGAGGAACAAAUUGGGACGAAAAUUACCGAAAUUCGCGAAAUUAUGCAAGCUUCUUCUGGGGAAAAUGGGGACGAUGGUGGGGACAAGGCUCACAAAUUGAGGACAAGUUUACUUAAAAUGAUGGGAGAUAAUGACGACCAACUAGACGACAAUUUUGCACUGGAUGAAGUGCUUAUCAAAGUCGAACAGGAUGACGGAGAUGUGUUUCUGGGUGGGGACGAUGGAAGCUUUGACGAUUAUAAUUCAUCCUCCGCCGUUUCCGACAUGAAUAACGAGGAAGACACGUUUCCAGUAAAAUAUGAAGGUAUUGAAGAUGACGACGACUUUGACGAAUCAGCCUUCUGCAUCAGUCCACACCCACAAAAGAGGGGAAGAGGCAGACCUCGUAAAGAUACUGUAGUCGUAACAGCUAAUCCACCACGUUUACUAAUCAGUCCACAUCCACCAAAGAGAAGGGGAAGACCCCCAAAAUCUGCUGUAACAACUAAUCCAUUGCGACCUAAAACUAAACGAAACCUUGAAAGCGAUUCUUCACUCGGAAACCUCCUGUCAAAGAGGAUAAAAGCAGAAAACAAACCUCUUCGUGAAGCAACACGUCACUCAACUCGUCCUAAAAAGACAGUUCUUCCUCCAAAAGGUGUCAAUAAAACGCUGACCGUGUCGCUAGAGCGGAUUAGCGUCCCCCCAGUUACAAAAUCCAGUCCGAUUUCUUCCCCCUCAUCAUCCCCAUUCCACAAUGAAGACACCACAUCCUCCCACCAAGAUAACCUUCCUUCCGAUGAUCUCGAACACCAGAAAUCCUACGGCAAGAAAACCCAGCCCAUUCGCCCCCACAAUUGUCCCUCUUGCCGAAAAACAUUCACCACCGAGUCCACCCUGUCCUAUCACAUCGCCCGUAUGCACUGCAUUCCUUGUACAGAUCCGCAUUGUACCCUCGGAUUUAGCUCAGUUAAGGCGAGAAAUUCCCACCGAAGCGUCGCCCAUCCACGGAUCCCCGCCUACGAGGGGGGCGAAGGUUUUAAAACUAGGGCCCAAAGUCUCCAGAUGGCGGAACAGGUGAUUGAUAUCUACAAAAAUCAGGCCAACCGAGAACCUAGAAAGACGAUGAAACUAUGCCGGGAGCAAAACAUUCCAAGAAGCAGUGUGUACCGUUACCUGAAAAUGUUUAAGGAUAAGGAUACCAUAGAAUUCAAAAAGCCCCCAGGUCCCUUGCCAAAAUCGGAACGUCCUCCUCCCCCAACUUAUCGCCCCUUUAAAUGUUCCUCCUGCCCGAAGAAAUUCAUCUCACGGCCCGCCCUUUUCAGCCAUGUGGCUCGAGACCACACCCGCGCGAAGGAACAUGUCUGCCAUCUUUGCGGAAGAAAUUUCUACACUAUCUUCACUCUCCGAACUCAUCUGAGGACUCAUGACGAAUCGUUGCGUCCACGGUGUGAGACUUGUGGAGAAAAGUUUUUGCAUGGAAGUACCCUCCAGUCUCAUCUAGUUAAGGUGCACGGGGCUGAUCCGUUAGUUUGCGAUGAGUGUGGAGCAACUUUCGCCACACUGAAAGGAUUACAAGACCACAAGCGGACGCACACAGGACUAAAGCCGCACAAAUGUGAUCAAUGUGACUCCGCAUUCUCCUCAAAGCAACUACUUCGGAAUCACAUAAAAUCCCACUCUGACCAGCGACCACACGCCUGCCCCCACUGCGAGCGAGCCUUCAAAAUGAAGGCCCAAUUACAAAUACACAUUAGGCGGAUCCACACCCCCGGCUAUGUCGCCCCCACUCCGUACAAAUGCGACCAGUGUGGAAAGGGCUUCCAGUUCCCGUACGUUCUGAACACCCAUGUCGUCCAAGCCCACACGGGGGAGCGUCCCUUCACCUGCGAUCAGUGUGGAAAGGGGUUCGCCGUCAAGUCCGCGUUAACCCUGCAUUUGAAGGUGAAGCACGGUAUUGAGGUUGCCGUGGUAAAAAAUAGGCUCCCGAGGUCCAAGAGGGACACGUUUCACGUCCCGGUAGAACAAGAUAAUUUAUACACAGGUCCAUACUCGGGCUAAAAAUUCAUGUUUUGUAAAAUUGUAUAGAAAUUAGUUCCAAAAAUUAUAUUAAUUAUUUACUCACAGAACCUGAAAAUAAUAUACAUAUUUGCACAUUUAUACCUACAUUUGUCUCUUUGUGCAAUGGUUAAUGAAGUGUUUCUUCCAUUGGUAUUAGCUCACGUAAGAAAAAUGUUUUAUGUAUGUAUGUACGUAUGAUUUAAUUUUUUGUUAAAUAAACCUGUUUAAAUAUACUUGUCUUAACAUUAUGUGUAAAA